ACACGUGCGCCCCGGGUCUUCUUGAACAGCUCCGCGCGCCCCUCCAGCUCAGUCCGACGGUCCUCCGCAGCAGCUCCAGCACCUCCAGCCGCCUCGCGCUCUCCGAACAAACCGCCAAGAUGUCGAACAAGAUGGUUCUGGCUUACUGGGACAUCCGCGGGAUCGGCCAGCCCAUCCGCCUCCUCCUGGAGUACACCGGCACCAACUACGAGGACAAGUUCUACGUCUGCGGCGAAGCUCCAGAUUAUGACAAGAGCUGCUGGUUCGAUGUGAAGUCGGAGCUCGGCAUGACCUUCCCCAACCUCCCCUACCUGGUGGACGGAGAGAGGAAGCUCGUGCAGAGUAACGCCAUCAUGAGAUACAUCGCCCGCAAGCACAACCUGUGUGGGAAGACCGAGGAUGAGCAGGUGCGAGUGGACUUCAUCGAGAACCAGGCCAUGGACUUCAGGAACGGGUUCGUGAGGCUGUGCUACAUGGACUAUGACACCCAGAAGGACACGUACCUGCAGAACUUGGGCGAGCCGCUGGGUCAGUUCUCUACUUUCUUGGGAGACAGGAAGUGGUUCGCUGGUGACGAGAUCACCUUUGUUGACUUCAUCAUGUACGAGCUGCUGGACCAGCACAAGUUGUUCGAUGCCAACACUGUCUCCAAAUUCAAGAACCUGUCUGACUUCCUGGACCGUUUCGAGGCUCUGGACAAGAUCAAGGCUUACCUGAAGUCCGACAAAUACAUCAAGACUCCAAUCAACAACAGGAUGGCCAAGUGGGGAGGCAAGAAGGAGUAAAGAAAACACCGGGAUUUCAAGAAACGAUGAAGACAAACACAAAUAUUCACAACCGAAACUAAACCCAAGACAUCCAGAAUAGUCCAUCUGACUCAUUUCUUCUUUUUGUAGUCAUGUCCAACAUAUUUUCCUCUGAACAUUUCUUUGUUUCAAAGUCAAUGCAGGAGGAAAAAAAUACUAAUUUGCACUAAUAUUGUAAAGAUGUAGGCACUCUUCAACUCAAGCAUUUGUGACUUGUUGUAUUUGACGGAAACCUUUUUGGACCAAAUAAAGUGAGUCUUGUCUUUUGAA